GAAAAACUUUGGAACAUAAAAGAAUUUUGGGUUUUUGCUCUUUUUCUCAUUCUUAAGACUGAACAAAAAAAAAAAAAAAUCAGAGAAAGAACAACACAAUCACGAGUAGUAGCGAAGAAAAAAAAAACAUUGUUUCAGAACUGAAACCACAAAGAUCUUCCCUUUUUAUGCUUCUGUGAGGACCCUUGAUCUUUUUUUCUUCUUCUUUCACUGUUUGGAUCUGCAAUUUUGCAGCUUUUGCAGAAAUUUUUGUUGGGGUGGUCGAAGGUUCGAGAGGUUUUUUUCAAUUGGUGUGGAUUUUGGUUCUCAGUUUGAAGGAGAUUUGUUGGUUUCAUUGGGGAAUUGAGAAUUUUUCACAGUUGAUAAUGUUUCAAGAACUCAUGAAAGAUUGAUUCAUGGAUCCUGAAGGCAAAAAGUUUGGGGGAGGACCAAGGGAGUUGACAGGUGCUGUGGAUCUUAUAAAUCAUUUCAAAUUAAUACCGCACUAUGAGUUUUUCUGCAAGAGGCCGCUUCCUGUGUCAAUCGCAGACACACACUAUCUGCAUAACGUUGUAGGAGACACAGAAAUAAGAAAAGGAGAUGGAAUGCAAUUGGAUCAACUUAUUCAGAAUACAUCUUUCUUUAGAGAUACAAGUGCUCGUAUACAGCCUUUUGACUUGGAUAUAUUGAAGGAGGCUUUUCAACUGAGGGAAACAACUCCCAUCGAUUUGCCUGCUGCGGAGAAAGGAAUACCAACAAUUGCAGGAAAAUCAAAAAGUGAGAAAGACAGGGAGAAGAAGCAUAAAAAGCACAAGGACAGGGAUAAGGACAAGGACAGGGAGCAUAAGAAGCACAAACAUCGUCACAAGGACAGAAGCAAAGACAAAGACAAAGACAAGGACAAAAAGAAAGAUAAAAGCGGGCAUCGCGAUUCCAGUGCUGAUCACUCAAAGAAACACCACGAAAAGGUUGAUUUUUGUUUGUUUGCUGCAUCUAUAUCAUUCUGGUUGAGAGAAAAAGUGUUCUAAAAGUCCUGUCAUGUG